ACCAAACUUAUAUUUUAGUAUUUACUUUUAGUUAAUAAUAGUUUUUUAUAUUAUUAUAUUCACUGUGUUUUACCUAUAUUUUUUGUAGGUAAUUGUCACAGAACCUAAUACUCAAUUUAUUGAACAUAUCUUCAUCUUAAAAAGUGUGUUAGAAAAUAAAGUUGAUCAUACUGCAGAACAUUUGGGAGUUAGUAACAUAGGAGGCAUGAUGUUAGCUAUUGUAAGGUACGUCCGCCACUUGGAUACCACUGUACAUGCUAUUCAAAUUAAGACAAAGCUUUGCCAGCUGGUUGAAGUCAUGAUGGUUAGACUAGAUGAUUUGGCAUUUCUUGAAGAAAUGAAGUUUCGUAAUAAACUCAUGGAAUACCUUACUGAUUGGGUGAUGGGCAACAGUCAUCAACUGGCUCACCCUAAUUCUGGAGAUGUCACAACUUUAACGAGGGAUCUUGACCAAGCGUCCGUGCAAGCGGUAGCCGCACUUCUAAAGGGUUUACCACUACAGCCAGAAGAGAGUGAUCGAGGUGAUUUGAUGGAAGCUAAAUCACAGCUAUUCUUGAAGCUUAGGGUACCAUAAGGAUCUUCAAACCAGAGCAGCUUUCAUGGAAGUUCUGACCAAAAUUUUACAGCAAGGAACUGAAUUUGAUAUGCUUGCAGAAACUGUGUUAGCAGAUAGAUGUGAACAGUUAGUUCAGCUUGUUACAAUGAUUGGUGAUAAAGGAGAACUGCCUAUUGCAAUGG